CGAAAUUAAUCACUCCGCAGUUACAUUUCUUUACUUCCGGUCGAAAGCUUUUUUGAUUUUCAAGAAACGCAUUUUUAGAAAAUAUAGACAAUGGACUUCCUUGAGGAAGAGGCGGAGGUAGAAGAAGAGUCUAGUUUGUCAUCAGAGGAAGAGAAAGUUGUAGAAUCAGGGGAAGAAGACUCAGAUGCUGUAGAGGGAAGGAAGAAGAAAAAGGUGAAAAAGAAGAAAAAACAAAGAAUUAUAGAUGAUGAUGAUUCUGAUGAAGAAGAGGACGAAGAUGAGGAUGAUGCUCAAAUUCAAGAAGAAAUGAAAGAUUUUAUUAAAGACGAUGUAGAGGAAGAAGCAGAAGAAGAAAGCGGAGACGAAGGAGGGAAGAGGAAACACGAGGACUCAGAUAUAGAUGAUCGACUAGAAGAUGAAGAUUACGAUCUUAUAGAGGAAAAUCUGGGUAUCAAAGUUAAAAGAAAGCCAAAACAUAAACGUAUUCGAGUUUUGUCUGAGGAUGAAGACAGUGACAGAGGUGAAGAGGAAGGCGACAAAGGCAGGGAAGCUGUCGCUGAACAGCUAGGGUUUGAUUCUGAUGUUGGUGAAGGGGAGGAGCCAUCACAGCCUGCUGAGACAGAUUAUCAAAACUUGGUGGAGUCAGAGGAAGAAGAAGAUGAAAUGGCUGGAUUUAUUGUUGAUGAGGAUGGUGAACCUAUUCAUGGACAGAGAAAAAAGAAAAAACACAUUAUUCAUUCUGAUUCUGCUCUACAAGAGGCCCAAGAGAUUUUUGGUGUGGACUUUGACCCUGGUGAAUUUGAAGACUUUGGACCUGAAGAAGAGGAAGAUUUUGAAGAUGAGUAUGCUGAUGAAGAUGACGAAGAUAUGGAAGGAAAAAGAAAGAAAGACAGAAGGAAGAAAAGAUCAAAAAUGGGUAUAUAUGAUGUUUAUGAACCCACUGAGUUGGAAAGAGGAUUUUUCACUGAUAAAGAUCAGGAGAUAAGAAGUGCUGACAUUCCUGAAAGAUUUCAGUUACGACAGAUUCCAGUCAAACCUACAGAGGAAGGCGAGCUGGAAGAGGAAGCUGAAUGGAUAUAUAAACAGGCAUUUGUAACAACUACAGUCACGCAACAGGGUUUUAUGGAACAAGAUAACCAUGGAAGAAAUCACAGUACAGUCAAUAAAAUCAGAGAAGCUAUUAACUUCAUGAGAAACCAACAGUUUGAGGUUCCAUUCAUUGCCUUCUAUAGAAAGGAAUAUGUUGAACCAGACUUACACAUCAAUGAUUUAUGGAAAGUUUGGCACUGGGAUGAAAAGUGGACCCAGUUAAGGUCAAGAAAAGAAAAUCUGAUUAUAUUAUUUGAGAAGAUGCAGAAUUAUCAGUUUGAUAUGAACUCUGACCCUGACCAGGUUCUAGCCUCAAAUGUGAGGCCUCUGACAGAUGAAGAUGUUGAUAGAGUUAGGCAGGUUCAGACUUUGGAAGAGUUAAGAGACGUAUACCAGCACUUUCUGUUAUAUUACGGUACAGAUCUACCUAAAAUGAGGAAUGCAGAAAAGACGAAAGCCAAAGAAACAUCAGAGAGUCAAGAAGGAGAAGAACAAGAGAAAAAAGAUGAUGAUAUUCAUGAUUCAAUGAAACAAGCUUCGAGGAAGAAUGGUUAUACCAUCUGUACCAGAAAUAAAUUAGAUGAGAUAGCUAUGAAGUUUGGUCUUACCCCAGAACAGUUUGGAGAAAAUAUCCGAGAUAAUUAUCAGAGAAACGAGGUGGAACAAUUUCCAAUAGAACCUUUAGAAUUAGCCAAGGAUUUUAUCAGCAAUCAGUUUCCGACAGAAGAAGAUGUGAUGUUAGGUGCUAGACAUAUGGUUGCUAUGCAGAUUGCCCAUGAUCCUCUAGUCAGACAAAGCGUGAGACAGACAUAUUUUGAACGAGCCAAGAUUAAAGUUACACCAACAAGGAAAGGCAUUAAGGAAAUUGAUGAAGAAAAACCAACAUAUAGCAUGAAAUACUUAAAGAAUAAACCAAUCAGAGAUCUGAAAGAUGACCAGUUCUUGAAGCUGACACAGGCAGAAGAUGAUCAUUUAUUAACAAUAGAGAUGUACAUAGAUGAACAAGUUGAAGGUCGACAGACGUACUUUGAAGAAAUUAGACAACUUUACUACAGGGAUGAGUUCAGUCACUUGGUACAGCAAUGGAACUCUCAAAGAAGUCAGGCUCUUGAGAGAGCUUUGACAAAGAUCUUAUAUCCUCAAAUGGAGAAAGAACUGAGAGCUAAAAUGUUGGGAGAAUCUAAAGAAGGCAUUGUAAAGGCCUGUUGUAGAAAGUUAUACAAUUGGUUAAAGGUUGCCCCAUACCAAGCUGAUCAACAGUUAUAUGAAGAUAAUGACUAUGAUGAAAAAGAUGGCAUUCGUGUGCUAGGCAUUGGUUUCUCUACUGACCACGAUCGAGAUGUUGAUACUGCUUCUUUUGGUGCUUUAAUUGAUGGAGAAGGGCAAGUGACAGAUUUCAUUAAACUUGUUAGUUUAAUAAAGAGCAAUCGUGCCUGGAGAGCAGUAGAUAGGGAAGGAAAAGCAAAUGAUUUGAAGAGGCUGAAAGAAUUUAUUGCAGAUAAGAAACCACAUGUUGUAGCAGUCACUGCAGAAUCAAGGGAUGCUUUGUCGAUUAUAGAAGAUAUAAAGAAGAUAAUAGAUGAUUUGUGUCAGGAACAGGCCAUAGCUCCCAUCAAUGUAGAACUGGUGGAUAAUGAAGUAGCUAUGAUUUAUGAGAAUAGCAAUAAAGGAAAGAGUGAUUUCAGAGAGUACCCAGUAGUAUUACGACAUGCUGUCUCCAUAGCCAGACGUUUACAGGACCCUUUGAUAGAGUUUGCACAGUUAUGUAACCCUGAUGAGGAUAUAUUAUGUCUCAAGUACCAUCCAAUGCAGGACUGUGUAACAAAGGAUGAACUACAGAAUGCGUUGACCCUUGAGUUUGUGAACCGUGUUAAUGAAGUGGGUGUAGAUGUGAACAGAGCGCUGGAUUAUCCACAUACGUCUCUACUCUUACAGUUUGUCUGUGGACUGGGACCAAGAAAAGGGAGCAAUCUCCUCAGGAUAUUAAAACAGACGAACCAGAAGUUAGAGAACAGAACACAGCUUGUCACACAUUGUCAUAUAGGACCUAAAGUAUUCAUUAACUGUGCUGGAUUUAUCAAGAUAGAUACUCUUAAAUUCUCAGAUUCUACAGACAGUUACAUUGAAGUGUUAGACGGAUCUCGUGUUCAUCCUGAGACAUAUGAAUGGGCACGUAAGAUGGCUGUGGAUGCUCUAGAGUAUGAUGAUACGGCUGAAGGAGCUAAUCCUGCUGGAGCACUGGAAGAAAUUCUGGAAAGUCCAGAAAGACUUAAAGAUCUUGAUUUGGAUGCUUUUGCUGAAGAACUGGAAAGACAGGGUUAUGGAGAUAAACACAUUACACUCUAUGACACAAGGGCAGAAUUAAAUCAUCGGUACAAAGAUCUGAGAACACCAUAUAGAUCUCCAUUAAAUGAAGAAAUAUUCAAUAUGAUUACAAAAGAAACACCAGAAACGUUCUAUGUUGGUAAAUUAGUGCUAGCUAGAGUUGCAGGUAUUGCCUACAGACGACCUCGUGGUGAACAGUUAGACCAGGCUAAUCCAGUCAGAGACGAGGAGACAGGGUUAUGGCAGUGUCCUUUCUGUAACAGAAAUGAUUUCCCAGAACUUAGUGAGGUAUGGAGUCAUUUUGAUGCAGGAAGUUGUCCUGGUUCAGCGGUCGGUGUGAAAUGUCGACUAGAUAAUUCUGUCAAUGGUUUUGUUCAUACCAAAAAUAUCAGUGACAAAAAAGUAAAGAACCCUGCUGACAGAGUACAGGUUGGUAUGACAAUUCACUGUAGAAUAACUAAGAUUGAUAUAGACAGGUUCCAGGUAGAUAUGACGUGUAAAUCUUCUGAUCUGUUGGACAAGGAAAACCAGUGGAGGCCACAGAAAGAUCUGUACUAUGAUGCAGAUCAUGAAACAGCAGAUAAAACAAAGGAAGAAACAAAGAAAAAACAGCAAGCUAGACAAUCAUAUGUGAAGCGUGUCAUUGCUCAUCCUUCCUUCCACAAUAUUGGUUAUAAAGAAUGUGAGAAAAUCUUGGCAAACAUGGACCAAGGGGAGGCAAUCAUCAGACCAAGUAGUAAGGGAGCAGAUCAUUUGACUGUUUCAUGGAAGAUAGCAGACGACAUUAUACAACAUAUUGAUAUCAAAGAAGAAGGCAAAGAGAAUGCUUUCAGUUUGGGAUCAUCACUAUGGAUUGGAGGAGAGGAAUUUGAAGAUUUGGAUGAAAUAUUGGCCCGAUUCAUUCAGCCAAUGGCAGCGUAUGCACGAGAUAUUUUAAACUUUAAAUACUACAGAAUGGCAGAGAACGGUAAAAGAGAACUGCUAGACAAAGUACUACAUGAAGAGAAAAAGAAGGCACCAUCAAAGAUUCCCUACUUUUGCAGUUUGUCUAAGCAAUACCCAGGAAAGUUUCUGGUAUCAUACAUGCCAAGAACAAAACCCCGUCAUGAAUAUGCCACACUCUCAUCAGAGGGAAUCAGAUAUAGGAACCAAAUAUUCCAUUCACUUAAUUCUAUGAUGAGAUGGUUUAAAGAACACUUCAGGGAUCCAAUUCCAGGUACUCCUGCAAGUAGAACUCCAGGCAUGGCAUCAUCAACAUAUGCUACACCCAGUAUUAAUCUGCAAGGUGUGGAUGCGGCAACCAUACAGAGAGCAGCUGCUGGGCUACCUAAUAAUAUCUAUAACACAUUGGCACAGGUGGCUGGAGCCACACCAAGAGUGGCCACCCCUAGAGUGGCUAGAAUGACACCAGGAGCUACACCACAACAGUUCCCUCCUGUGGCUGGGUUCAGUGGAGGCUUUGGUCUUGGAGCCACCCCUAUGAUGACCCCAAUGAUGACUCCCUCUCAUCACAUCACAACACCAGCUGGACACCCUACCCCAUCAUACAACCCCACCCCCAGACAGCCACACACACCCGCUUGGCCUGGGCACACCCCAAGGGCCACACCACGUACACCAUCUCAUCCACCAUCACAGAGAGCCAUGGGACCCACAGCGGGAACAGAUUGGGCCAAAGCUGCAGAAAUGUGGGCCAAAGGUAGACCUAGUAAGUCAACUCCUAGAGCGAGCCCAGCUGUUCACAGAAAUAGUCCAAUGCCUACUGGAGAUUCUACGCCAUUGUUUGAUGAGCGGUGAUACACACUGGAUAGUGACAGUUUAACGUAUAAGGACUUAUGUUAGAAGCCAAUAUUAUUGUAGAUGUUUUGAUAUCUGCUAAUGGACCUCUUUCAUAUGUUUGAAGCCAAUAUUAUUGCAGAUUGUUUUGGUAUCUGCUUAUACAUGUUAUAGGCUUCCAUUGUGGAAAGUAUUGACCGAAACCAGACAAAGGCAUUAGUUGUAACUGCUAUGAACAAGUGCUUCUCCUCAUUAAGGGGUCAUGUCAUGUCUAUGUUGUGUACAUCAUGUGUAUUUAUAAGUCUUCAGCGCCUGUACAUUAUAGAUAGUCAUCUGUUUUCUGUAUAGUUCAUGUAAGACACAGUGUACAAGUUUGCCAUCUUAUUAAAGUAUCAUUAUAAUACUUAAAAGUAAUAUAGUUGACACAGAGACCACCAAAACUUGAAUUUUCAAUGCAGGAUAAGUGGAUGAUUAUAUUACGAAUACAUUAAGAUAUACAAGUGCUUUAAUUUAUUUUAGAUGUAAGUAACAUUGAGAAGACUUCAAUUAUUUUUUAAAUAUGUUUUAUAACCAAUAGUUUAGACCAGUAUUAAAACAUGUUUCAUUUUUUUACUGAUUCAUUUAAACAUGCCAAUAUUAAUGAUAAUCUGCCAGAAAAAUAGACAUACAAGAAUUUGUUUGUUUAUGUUACUUAUAAAUCUUUCUUCAUAGAUUGAGAAAUUAUGUAUAAUGUUACAGUGGCAUUAUAAUAUGUUUGUUGAAGGAUUAUCAUUUUCACUGAAAGAUUUGUUUUAAAAAUAUGUCUUCCAAAAAAUUCAAUGUAAGUUUCAUCAAUUAAAAUUGACUUUUCAAAUCAUUUAUUUAAACAUAAAUAAAACUCAACACAUGGAAGAGUCCAUUCAAGGGAGGCAAAUCUAGAUUGCAUGCUAGGCUAUACAUUUCUUUGUUAACAUUUUAUUAUAAUAUAUGUUACUUGUAUUAUUUGAAGGAUUUUUUAGAUCAAAAACUUCAUGACAAAAAUGAAAGGAAUAAAGUAUUUUAUUGUAUAUACAUGUACAAGUUAUGAUGUGUUUGGCCAUGCUUAUUCAUUGUUUAAACAUGUACAAGUUGAAAUGUGUUUUACCU